CCGAGACGAGGCAAAGCGUCGAAGGGAGUCGAUCAGUCGAGCGCUGGUGAAUGAAGAUGGCGAUCCUGAGGCCUGUGGCCGCCGUUUUGCUUCUCCUCUUGGUGGCGGCUCCGUCACCGCUCCACGGUGCAGAGGAUCCCGAUGGGAAGGCGAGCCCAAAGCGCCUGGUCGAUGACAUCGGGGAUCUCCUCUAUUCACCACUCAAUGCCACGAAACAAGCGGCAGAGUCGCUGCUGGAAACGGCCAGCAACCUGCUGAUUGACCCGGCACUCGCCGUCGGAGAGGGCUUCCUCACGCGGCCCGAGAACGAGUUGAUGGAUCUCUUCCACCCAUUCGAGGCCGUGGAGAGCCUACAGGGAAAACUGCAGGCGCUCACAAGGCUCGGACUCGGUACAAUGCCACAGGCAGCAGGCGGACAGACAGACAGAUGACAGGUGGUGAUUGCUUGGGUGGUGUGCGUGUGGUCAGCUGAGCUGACCGACAGGGUGCCCCGUGCCUUUUGGGACGAUGUCUUCAAUAUGCCCAGUCUGGUGCUGGCCAACAUGUUCGACUACGAGCUCAUCCCCUACGUCAAAGAUAUCCCGACCAUCAUGUGCCUGUGGUUGGCGGCGCCGCACAUCCUCAAGUACGAGCCCCCCGUCCAGAACUCCCACAUCCUGAUGCAGAAUGUGGCCAUCUUCCACGCCGUGGCGGCCUACACCGACGACUGGGAUGUCUUCUUUGGUCCCGACCGCCGCGCCCCCAAGUACAUGCGGACGCACCGCAACCGCCAGGAAGCCGGCGUCCACGCCUGCUACGAAAUCCACAGGAUCCUCACGCCCCAAGCAGGUCAGUUAGUCAUGGAGUGAGCCACCAACACAUCGACCGUGAGAUUGAGUUGCGUGAGUGUUGCGUGAGUGCAGCCGAGAAUUUCGCGCAGGCGAUGGUGCUGAUGGGGUACAAUCCGUUGGACAAGGAGCCAAACGAGAAGACGCCCGCGGGCCUGGGGCAUUUGAUGGCCAAGGAGGUGGUUGAGUGGUUCAAGGACGACGGCUUCAACAAGGACGGCACCAUGAUGCACGAGUAUAACGGGCUGGCCUACGAGGACUGGACGGAAUACAAGCCUGUCAACGGACCGCACAAGCUCACCUACCCCACAUACUGGCAGCCACUCAUCGAGGCACAGGUACGCACGGCAUAGCAGCCAUCCAUCUCUAUCUCGACGGAUCUCUCCCCCUCCCUCUCUGUAUGGCUGCAGGGCGUCGGCGGCUCUGGCGAGCGGUACGGUUACAAUGUGCUGCAGACGCACAUCACCCCGCACGCCGGCAAGGUGCGCCCCUUCUUCUGCUCGCAAGAGCAAGUGGACGCGAAGAAGUCGCCCGCGAUCUACAACUGCACCAAAGAGAUGGAGCCCGAGGACAGGGAAGAGGGCCACCAAGGCAGGGCGGAAGAUGGCGACGGCAGGAGCUGUAUCGAGGUGCUCAAGGAAAGGUCCCUCAAGGUCAUCGAAGAAUCGCUCAAACUCGACGGUCGGUGGGCGGCCAUCAGCCGAGGGCGGGGAAGGGAUGAUGGGUCGGAUGGGUGGCGGAUACAGGGGCACGAAGGCCCUGUGUGUGUGUGUGUAAUCUGUUCUGUGUGGUGGUCUCUCGUUCCUUCAGAGAAGAAGAAGGCCUUCGGAGAGUACUUUGACAACAAGGUGAGCUGAUUGAAUCAAUCACAAGCACAACGACCCACACGGGCAUCAUGCGUGUGUGGUUCUCUUCUACGUCUCUCUCCCUGUCUCACUGCUUCAGUUGUAUUCCCUCGGCCCAGUGCCCCUGCAGCUAAUCAAGGUGAGCGGAGCGCACCAGUACUGACACGCUCCGUGUGGAUGUGGCGUGUGUCGUCUGGAUGAUUUUGUGUCAGCCGCUGGACAUGAACUUUGAGGAGUUCACAGCUCUCGAGUUGGGGUACGCCGGGCUGCUCUACGACGCCACCAUUGUGGCUUGGAAGGAGAAGGUCUACCACGACGGCGUCAGGCCCCAAUCCUUCAUCCAAGAAUAUUUCGCCGACGAAAAGUACGCACACAGUCACACACACAGACAGAGACAUCGAAUCGACGGACGUGUGUGUUGUGUGUGUGUGGCGUCAGGUUCAAGGCGUAUGUGCCGAAGGUGGGCAUCCGGGAGAUCAUGGGCAAGGACUGGAAGUCCUACUUCAGGACCAUGCCACACACAGGUGAGGCCUAGUGUACUGGCCACUGCACUGGGCCACACAUAAACGAACGAAGGCGACAAUUGACCACCUGGUGCGCCGUGCAUCUGUCCCUCCCUCCCUCCCUGCCUUUGUUUGCCUCGCGUCAGAGUACCCGUCUGGUUCGGCGUGUUUCUGCCGCGCGUCGAUGGAGUACGCCAAGAUAGCCUUUAAGGGCUUCGACAUCGCCGGCAAGCUCAGGGCGUACUUCCCCAAGGGAUCCUCCGUUGUCGAGACCGGCACGACACCCACCAAAGACCUCAUCAUCGAGUAACUAAACACACACACAUUCCUACUAUGCGGCAACCAUGAGACAUCGGAUGGAUGGAUGGAUGGAUGGGUGCGUCUGUACUGUGCAGGUGGGAGUCGUUCGACCAGAUAGCUGACACGUGUUCCAAGAGUCGCGUGUGGACGGGAGUGCAUUUCGAGCAAGCCAUCGACCCGAAGCUGGGGGCCGGCCUGUGUGACGGCAUCGGCGAGCUCGUCUUCAAACGCGUCCAGAAGCACAGCGGCGGCAUUCUCGCCCUAAAGGAAGUGCGCGACAACGGCAAGUGGGACUGAGUGACAUCCCGCCCGCCCCGCAUGACAUCCACCAUCCAUCCCUGUUGUGAUGAUGUGUGUUUGUAUGCGUGCGUGGUUUUUUCUGUGGCUGUAAAGCGGCUUGCUGUGGUUUGAUGGGAUAGGAGGCCCGGCAGGCAGUAGGGGGAGGGAGGGAGGGGAAUCGCAAUUCACGCAUGCAUUCAUGUAUGCGUCGGCACCACUAGAGCUAUACUUACUAUUAUUUUUUCCGGUGCGCGAUGCAUUGCGCCGGGGGCUGGGGAGGCGGGAUGAGUGCCUGGAUGGAUGGAUGCCUACCUGCCUGUCCUGCUGUCUGCAAGUCAGUCUUGCUGUCUGCAUGUGUGUAGGUCCGGCCGACGGGCGACCACAGAAAAUCUGUGUGGUUGCUUGUCUUGGUGCCAUAAGAGACAUACAUAUGCACACACACACACGUUCAUACUUAUACACGUACAUUCAUUCACGCAGCACUUGAUGCGAUGCGUCCCACAGACAGACAGACAGACAGAGACAGAUGUCUGCAUCCAUUCAUUCAUUUUGCUCGUAUUGUAAGCUGUAAGUGCAUUUAUGGAUACCGGGGAGCGGGGGGCCGUGGCUGACUGGCUGACUGGCUGGCCGGCUGGCAACUGUACUGGCUCGAGAAAUGGACUGGAUGGACGGAUGGAUGGAUGGAUGGAGCGGUGGAUGGAUGGAUUGAUGGAGCAGUGGACGGACGAAUUCGUGUGCUUCGUGAGUGUGUGUUUGCGUGUGUGUGCCCCUAGUGCCUUUUGCGGUUGAUUGAUGAACGAUGAUGGCGGUUGCCUCAGGGCACACAUGUUAUGUCUGCUGUGUGUGGUAAUGCUGUUGUCCAUGGCCUAUGUUAUGUGCUGGUCUGUGACUUCUUUCUUGUUGGUUGGCCGAAGGAAACACACACCAAGUCAAAUGAAAUGCAUCCAUCCAUUCAA